AUGAACGUUUUCGGGAUAAAACAUGACUUAGAAUAACUAUCAAUCGGAAUUAGAUAAAUAUGGGGGUGUGUUGUCGAAGCCUGGACGAUGCCAAGGUGCUGAUGAAGAUGGGUUUAGCCCUGGUGCUGGUGGGCCAUGUGAACUUCCUGCUGGGGGGGCUGGUGCACGGCUCGGUGCUGCGAGACGUCAAGGUCAGCACCCAGGCCGCCACCAUCGAGUACGCCAUCUCCAACAUCAUCGGCCUCGUAUCGGGGCUCAUGGCGGUACUUGCUGGAAUAUCAGCCAUCGUCCUGUCGAAAAACAUGAAAAAUCAGCCCAUGAUGUGCUUGUUAUUGGUGGUGAGCAUCCUGACCUGCCUUCUCGGUGCAGCCUCCGCCGUUAGCAUCACCACCUCUAUAGUGACGGCGAUUACCAAAAAAGGCUCCAGCCUCCUGACCCUGUGCAACCUGAACGACACCCUCAACACCUACAGCAUCACCUACGAGUGUCCGUUCGACCCCACGCGCAUCUAUGGAACGACUGUGAUCCUGUGGGUGCUGCUGGUGCUCAUGUCGGUGGUGGAGGUGGUGUUCUCAGCUCGCUGUUUUGCGGCCAGCGUGUCUUUCCUGCGACUGUCGCAUCCCUGCAGGAAGAGACGACGCAUCAAUGUCAACCGGGUGCGCAUCCGGACGGAGCCGACCUCCAUCCCGCCGUCGCCCGUCUACUACCACGAUGAGGAGGAGCCCACGGAGCAGCACGACCUCCUGAACUCGGCCUCGCCCACCGAGGAGACCAGCGCCUGGCUCUGAGAUCCAGUCCCACCACACACGAUCCUGUAGGAUUCAGAUUCAGGGUUCAUGGCAUCACUCAUCAUGUUUCAGUCACACUAAUUAACUCGAAUCUCAGCGGUGCUAUCGGCCGGUCGGGAUUUUGCACAGACACGAUUGGCCAAAACAGCCCAGCAACUGGUAGGUGCACGUGUCGGUGCGCUCUCAGCGCAGGUCCCAAGCCCAGAUAGAAAUCUGAUCCGCUGUGGCGACCCCUGAAU